AUGGGGCAAACGGGGCUCUGCCGUACCGAGGCCAGCCAGGUCGAUGGCGGUGGAGAGCUGCUGCUGACGGGACCUCCGGCCAUCAUCGCCGGCCCUGGCUUGGAGGCCACUGCCGAUGCGCUCCGGAAGAAGAUGGGCUGCGAUGGCAGUCCGAGCGUCGACUGGAGCAGCUUCCCCUCGGGGGAUCCAAACGUCCGGUUCAGGUGGCAGGACAUCCAAGGACAGCACGUGAUCUUCCUCUUCGACACCGUUGACAGGGAGCGCCUCUUCGAUCAGCUGUCCCUCUUGCAGCAACUCCAGGGCUUCGCGCUCCCUGACAGCGACGACGCACCGAACAAGUGGAAGACCUACGCCCAGGCGGGGCGCUACGCCUGGGGACGUGCGCACCGCGUGACGGUCGUGAUUCCCUGGUAUCGGCCCUGCCAAAUGGAGCGCACCAGUCGCUGGGAGCCCCAAUCGGGUGGGCCGUGGACGAACUCAGUCCCGGAAGGGCGUUGGCUCGAUGUGCCCACGGCGCGGAGUUUGGCCGCGCUGCUCUCUGCCGAGGCCCCAGCGCCUCCAGGGAACGGCCCGGCCAUUGCGCUAGACUCCCGACCGCUUGUGCCGCUUUGGCGGCCACCCCUGUCGCUGUUCUUCGUCGAGCUGCACGAGGAGGAACCCGUCCGUUCGGCCGUUCCUCCGCGCGUGAGCAUCCGCAUGGAGCGCUUUGUUCCGUUUUUCUUGGAUGUCUUCAAGGAUCGCAAGAAUUUCCCUGGCACGGAGAAGCUCUUCGUCCUCUUCCCUGACCACGGCGCCUUCGACCGCUACAAGCAGAGCGUCGAGGACCGCCUCGGGCUCGGUGCCGAUCACAUCUUGUACAUCAACAAGACGCGCGUCGGAGAUCAGAUCAAGCAGGAGCAGAAGCUCAACUACGAGCUUCCGGAAGGUGGCGUGGGUGAGAAGACUUUCUUCGACAAGGGCAACCAUGUGCUGGUCAUCGACGACUUCACCAACUCGGGCGGCACUCUGUUUGGGGCUGUGACGCUGGUGCGCAGCCUUCUCCGCUCCUCUGGUGGUCUCAUGGGCCUGUCCGAGAAGGAGCAGAUCGAAGGACUGGCCGUGUCCAUCUUCGUCUCCCACCUGGUCGCCGCUUACACACCGGAGACGGUGGCCAAGAUGCGAAAGAAGCUGACGGGCCUAGGCCCCACGUGCAAGCUUUACACCACCGACAGCAUUCCGCUGACAACCAAACUCCUGGAAGACGAGCGCCAGGCGGAGGUGCUUCCGCUCGCGGACUUCUUCCUGGAGUAUUUGAGAUGA